GCGACUUCCGUAAGUCACAUUCUGUUAAUGGCGCUUUUUGUUGCUAAUGUUCGAUGGUGACAAUUCUUCAGCGCAGAGCUUUAUCGUGUGUGUAAUUGAGUAUUGGUACUGUCAAAAAGCGUUCAAUCAUGGUUGAUUCUGACACUAGCGCUAUUCUUGAAGAGGACUCUUCAGAGUCGGGUAACUCUAGCAAAGUAUGUUGUUGUUUUAGGGUGCCUGUGGGCACCAAACCACCGCCGUGUUCAUGUCCAUUUUCCGUGACCGUGGAGCCCGUGAUGUUCCUUUCCACGUUCUCCAUAGCUCUCCAAAUGCCUCUGUACACGCAGUACCUGUGGGAUCGUAUCAGUGAAGAUGUAGGUUACAAUAGAACAAAGGGAGGAGGAUGCAAUGCAUCGACUGCCUACGACCCUCUGCAGAAGGAAGUGGAGACUCUGACUGCCCACUGGAACCUCUACAUCAAUUUGGGUGGAUUUCUAGUUGGCUUGAUUUUGGUCACCCUGCUGGGCUCAUGGAGUGACCGUGCAGGUCGGCGUCUGGUUCUGAUCGUCCCAUCCUUGGGUAUGGCUGUUCAGGCAGCUGUGUAUCUUAUUGUAAUGUAUUUAAAGCUGCCUGUCUACUGGUUCCUCAUUGGACGCAUUUGCAGCGGCCUCUCUGGGGACUUCAAUGCAAUUUUGGCUGGUUGCUUUGCUUAUGUGGCCGACAUCAGUGGCAGGGGCUCUCGCACCUUUCGGGUGGCAAUACUAGAGGCGUGUUUGGGAUUGGCUGGCAUGUUUGCGAGCAUCAUAGGAGGGCAGUGGCGACGGGCACAAGGGUAUAUUAACCCUUUCUGGCUUGUUCUGGCCACAAAUCUUGCAGCAGCCCUCUACGCAUACCUCUUUGUGCCUGAAUCGGUCACGCCUGACCCCGAGGCAAAACUUCUAUCCACUAGGCACCAUCGGGCUGUCUACCGACUCUAUAAAUCUGAUGCACCGCAGGGACGCAGAACUAAACUGUGGCUGUAUACUCUUUGCUUCUUUUUGGUGGUGUCUGUACAUUUCGGAUGCAGAGACCUUUAUGUGCUCUAUGAGUUGAGCUCUCCACUAUGCUGGGGUCCAGAGCUGGUUGGUUAUGGUUCUGCAGCCCUGCAUCUGGCAUAUGGGACCAGCCUUAUCGGGCUGAGGUCCAUGCAAUGCUGCCUGGAGGACUCCUGGGUGGCUCUGGUGGGUCUUGCCUCCAAUUUUGCUGGCUUGAUUGUGAUUUCAGUCGCUAACACCACAGCUCUGAUGUUCACAGGGUAUGGUCUGUGUUUCCUAUUUAUGGCCUCUACACCAGUCCUGAGAUCUAAACUGUCUAAGUUGGUGGACCCUUCAGAGCAAGGGGCUCUGUUUGCUUCAGUGGCGUGUGUGGAAGGUCUGUGCUCACUAGUAUCUAGUGGGGUUUUUAACACCCUGUACCCUGCCACCUUACUCUUCAUGAAAGGUUUCCCCUUCCUUUUGGGGGCCAUGAUCCUUCUCAUUCCAGCUGGAAUUAUUGGUGGCUUGGGUUGCCAGGAGAUGAGGAGGAACAAAGAAGGCUUCAGACAGUGAUUCUGCUUGAACUGAGCACAACAGCAAAUUGUGGUCUGUUAUUUCUUUAAAUCUUUUGUUAACAUUUUAAUACGUUUUUAAUUAAAUGUGAAAAACAUCAUAAACAUGAAGUGUUCAGUUAGAAUUGUUUAUUUUGAAGGGCAGUUUAAUCCACUUUUAGAUUAUAAUGGUGAUGAAUUGAUUUUUACCAUGUAAAACUCAUUCGAUUCUAACAUCAGCAAUAUUGACUGAAAAAUUAAGAGGAAUAUGUUUCCCUGUGUAGAUGUUUAUGUGAAGACUGUUUACUAGCUCAGGAAACUUGAUCACAGCCCAACUCGCAUAAUGCUGAAUUUAAAGUCUUCCUCUUAUUAAUUGUGUUUCAGAAAUGUUAAAACUGCCAAGUAAGUGAGAAUUAUGUGGAUGUGAGUGGAGACUUAGUAUUCUAUCAGUAUUCUAAUGAAAAGAGAAUAUAAAAUCUAAUGCUUCCUCUUAGUCUGAAAGUGUUUUUUAAACAAGAAUAUUUUCCUCCAUUGCAACAUGCACAUUUUUGUGAAUCUAACUUUGAAAUUAAAAGGAUAUUUUC